UCAGCAUCUUCCUUUUCUCUCUAUUUAGUUCUUAGCUGUGAUCCCAAAUUUUCACUCGGAGCGCGUGACAGCGCUCCUGCUCGAGUUGAUGACUCUUCUUUACUAGUAUUUGAUUCAAAAAGUGCCCAGAAUUCUUCCAAACUUUUACCAUCGAACGUGUGUGGCUCUAAUCUUGGUAGUUCUACAUCUAUUCUCCUUAAUCUUCUUGGAAUGUCUAGCAAUUCUUCAAUUUUGUCAAUAACUUCGCAGUAUUGCAAAUACUUUUCUUUAGCACAACGGCUAACAAAGUAUACUUCCUUAAAAUCUAUCAUAUUUCGGAGUUUGGUGUCGAAUUCAGCCUGUUCUUUGGACGUGAGCUUCUUCCUUCUAUUAUCAAGACCAUAUUUGGAAUCUUCUAUUUCUUCAAACUGAGUAAGAAUAUCAUCUAUUUUAUUGUCCAAUGAUCUGUGUAAUAUUUUAAUUUUGAACUUUUCUUCGUCAUUAGUUGGUAUUGGUGGUAGUUCCGGUUUUGCCUCUUCUAAGUAAUCCUUCAAAUUUUCGAUGGCCAGAUUUAUUGGGUGUACUAUGUGCUCUGGGACGUACAUUUCUACUUCUGUUUUUUACUUUUAAUCGAUCGUGACAGAUCAAUUAUUUUUAAUUUUUGAUCGAUCUAUCGAUCAAGCUCCCCGUUUUUUUUUGAUGAGUGUAUGCGAUUAAAUUUGUUGUUGCUUGCUUGUGUGUUGUUAACCGAAUAGCGGGUACGUCAACAAGACGCGGUCGCCACUUGUCGCGAGCAGCUUUUAGCGCAACGGAAAGAAAAGAAAAGAA